AUGUCUAAGCAGAAGCCAGACGAUGUUGCCGGUCUUCGGACCUUGGCCUUCUGUGGUGUCGCUUUUUCUACCGUAUCGUGUUUGUUGGCCGUGAUUACGGUACCAAUGGUCUACAACCAUGUGCAACAUGCCCAGACCAUGAUGAGGAACGAGUUAGAGUUCUGCAAGAGCCGAACCGGCAACAUGUGGAAUGAAGUUGUUAGAACUCAGGUACAGUUUAACAACUUAUAUAAUAUUUUUUACUUUAAUUUUAAAAAAUUUAAAUUUUUAAAAGUUUUUUUACCUUAUGCAAUGUGUUUUAGGUUCUAGCAAACGUACAUCCCCGUGCUGCUCGUCAAGUCUUCUACGACAUCUACAAAGACCCACCAAACUUGACAUACGGUCCAGGAUCAGCCCCAAGAGGUGGAGCAGCUGCUGGAGGACAAAGUGCCGGAGGCUACCCGCGCCCAUCUGCUGCUGGUGGCUUUGGUGGAAGUGCCGGAGGGUCCCGUGGAAGUGCUGGAGGAUUCAGUGGAAGUGCCGGCGGAUUCAGUGGAAGCGCUGGCGGUGGCUUUGCUCAACAAGCCCCACCAUCAGGCGGAGGAUGCUGCGGUUGCGGUGUUUCACCACCAGGACCCCCAGGACCACCAGGUCAACCAGGAGCUCCAGGUAACGACGGACAGCCAGGAGGCCCAGGAAACGCCGGCCCACCAGGACAAGCUCCACCACGCCCACAACAACACGCUGAACCUUGCCAAACUUGCGCCCCAGCUCAAGCUGGAGCUCCAGGACAACCUGGACCAAAGGGUCCACCCGGAAAUGCUGGAGCCCCAGGACAGUCUGCUCACGGUGGCGGCCAAGGACCACCAGGCCCACCAGGACCUCCAGGACCACCAGGUCACGGAGGAGAACCAGGAAACGCCGGUGCUCCAGGACAGCCAGGAAAACUUAUCCAAGGACCACCACAGGUUGGACCACCAGGCCCACCCGGACCAGCUGGACGCCCAGGACCAAACGGACCACCAGGGGGCAACGGACAGCCAGGACAUCCAGGAGGUCAAGGACCACCAGGAGGAGCUGGACCAAACGGACAACCAGGUCAACCAGGAGGCAAAGGCAACGAUGGAGCACCAGGUCAACAGGGAGGCAAAGGCAGUUGCGACCACUGUCCGCCACCAAGGACCGCUCCAGGCUAUUAA